AUGGCGAACCUCGGCGGGGCCUUCGGCUGGCCACCUAUGUGGGGAGGCUGCCCGGCGCCCAUGUACCCGCAGCCGGGCUUUCAGCCAUGGGUCCGCCCUGCAGGGGCUCCGAUGUUCCCACCUCGGCCGCCGUAUCCCGCGCCGGCGGCAGCGGCCGCGCCGCCGGCGAGACCCGCUUGGCCGCCAAAAUCCGUCGAGGAUGCGGUGUUUUACAGAGACCAUCGCCUUCGCACGAUCAGGAUGGACGAGCGGGUGAGGGAGAAGCUCAGGCACUUCUGCAAGAAGCACCACUUCUCCCGAGAGGUCGAACAUGGCCUCCGCAUGCUCAACGAGCUGACGGCGAACAGCAUCCUUAGCGACAACACCCUCUCCGCGAAGCUGGAGAAGUCUGCGGACCCGCAUGACACGCUCCUGGCAGAGCUCGAUAGGAAGGACCGUGCGACAGCUACGGUGAUGAGGCUCAUGACAAACUCCUUGCCGGAAGGCCUCGUGAUUUCCGAUUUCCGCAUGUUCAGGGAUGCUUGCGUCAUGUCUUUGAGCUCUUAUUCCACCUGCAUGGCAGCUCUUGAGAUCCAACAUGGCAUGUCGCCUCGCCCCGUAUGGUUGCAGAAGAUGGAGGUUGCGUCUUUGGUCUUGGAAGCAAGUUUGCAAGCAGCGGCAGCAGAAGAUGCGGAGCACUCCGCCUCGGAGCUCACCAAAGCGGAGCUCCCCAAAGCGGACGGAGCGGCGGAGUCCCAUCCGGCUAAGAAAGCCUGGGUAAGAGAGGCCGAAGCCCUCGGAAAAGCAGCCCCUAUAGGAACCCGCCGCCUGGUCGGCCGCCGACGCCACCGCGAGCUCGGCGACGGAAGGAGCUUCGUGCCGGCUCCGAGCAGCAAGCAGGCUGCUGCGCAGUCGACGAACACCGUCUACGAGGAGGCACUGGCUAAGGAGGCGCCCGAAGAGGCCGAGAACGAAGUGCGGGAGUGGCUAAGGGGCUUGGACUCCGGGCGAGGCAUCGAGCAGUCCCUGUGGGAGGCCUUGGACGUGAAGUCGCUUGGACACAGGCAAGCGCAGGGAUUCCCAACUACCUAUGUGAUGGCGGCACGAAAGAACUUCGACACUGAAAAAGACGCUGAUACUGUUUUGAAGACGGGAUUGGGGGAAGAUGUGAAGACGAGCGUGAUGACAGCCUUUCUGACUAUACUGUUGUUGUUAAAAGUUACUGCUGCCGAAGGUUGGGAUGUCGUCGUCAUUUCCGAAGAGCGCAUCAGGCCUUUGGUGGAGGAGUUCGCUCUGGAGUUUCGAAGUAUCGCUGGCGAUUCCACCGGAAUCAUCUUUGAGCAGGAGUAUGCCGAGAUGCUUGCCAAAGGCAAGCUGAUGGCCAUGAUGCAGGAGACGCAGAAAAGGAAGGCCACCUGGUACGAACAGUUCCUGACGGAUCUCGUGGACAAGACGAAGGACAUUCAGAUGAUCAUCUCAGGGCCGUUGGUUUACAGUGAGGCCUACUGCGUCGCGGAAAAGCUGGGCAUACCCUGGAUACCUGUCCUGUACGGUCCUCUCUACCCCACUGCUGAGUUUCCAAACUCCUUCGUCAUGGAGUCGAACUGGUUUGGUUGGCUCAACCUCUUCACGUACAACUUCCUUUUCUGGGCCCUCUGGAUGCAGGAGGGUGGUCAGAUCAACCGCUUCCGAGAGAAGCUGGGACUGUCACCACUGCAAGUUCGCCGUGGGAUGAUGAGCUUGAUCGAGGAGAAAAAGCUGUUGGUCAUUGGUGGCUUCCACGAGGUGAUCAUACCACUGCCCACAGCGCCGACGGACUGGCCAGAGUCAUUCUUCUUCCCGAAUUUCUUCUUCGUGCCCGACACACCAGCUGAUGCGGUGCCAAGCUCGCUGAAAUCCUUUCUGGCGCAAGCUGGGUCCAGGCCGGUCGUGUACCUGGGGCUGGGCUCCAUGCCUGCGCCAAGGCCGCAGGAGCUUGUUUCCCUAGCGGAGGCCAUCGUCGAGAAGCUCGAGGUCUCGGCAGUUCUUUGUGCAGGCUGGUCUGACAUCUCCUUCAAGUCCCAGGAUACGGAGCAGCGGAUUCUGGUCACGAAGUCGGCGCCCCACGACUUCCUGCUGCCGCGCUGCCGCGUGCUGCUGCAUCACGCCGGCGCGGGCACCUGCGCCGCUGCCCUCCGCGCGGGAGUGCCCAGCGUGUGCCUGCCAGUGAUGCUUGAUCAACCCAACAAUGCCAAGAACCUCACUCGCCUGGGAGUGGCUACACCGCCGAUUCUUUUCCAAGAUGUAGCAGCUGGCGUGGACCGCGUGGUGGAGUCGGUGAAGACAGCUCUGGAGUCCUCUGAGAUGCGUGCAAAAGCGGAGGCACUUGCAGGCCGCAUCCGAGAGAGCGACGGCGUCUCGAGGGCCAUUGACAGGCCCGUUCCCUUCGACUUCCUGGUGGAGGGCGAGUUCCUGCGCUCCAGCAUCUCCAGCUACCUGGAGGCGCACAAGCUGUCCUCGGAGAAAGUGCUGAAGCUGGAGUUUGUGCUCGCACUGCGUGAGCCAGAGCAGUCGACUGUCGACGAGACUCCGGACUGGAUCGCAUCCGUGGUAGCACUUCAGGGCUAUCCCAGCUCCUGGUUUGCUGCCGUCUCCUACGAUGGCACGCUGAGAGUCUACGAAAACUCAGAGGCACGAGUCACCUCCAGGCUUUCAGAUGCCGGCCUCGCAGCCGUUGCUGCGCUGCCGGUGGACAAUGGAAGGGGCUCGCAUCUCGUGGCAGCAGGCCUCGACGGCUCCGUGCGCUGCUGCGCCCUACGGCAUGACGGUGCAUCGUCCGCCGCGGCCGGAAAGGUUGCCGAACGGCGCGGCGCGACGGUGCCACAAGCGCUUCAGGCUGCCGCCAUCAGCGAAGAUGGCACAAUGCUGGCCGGUGCUGGCUGGUCGUCGCAGGUAUACGUGUGGAACGCCGACGAUGAGCUCUUCGCCCCGCCUUCGAAAGAGGGGCCAAAGAG